AUGGAAACCAUCAAGAGACAUAAUAGCAAGACCAGAGAGGAGGUGACAAUGCAGCUGGACCUGAAGGCCAGCACCUCUCAAGAGGAGAACCUUACAGAUCAUUACAUCAUACUCAGGACCCUUGGCAAAGGGACCUUUGCUGAGGUGAAGCUGGCCUGCCACCUCCACACAGAGGUGCAGGUUGCCAUCAAGAUCCUGGAAAGUGGUGAGAACACUGACCACAACAACAGAACUGAAGUCGACAUCGUGAAGACGCUGGACCACCCAAACAUCAUCAAGGUGUUCCACAUCAUCAACUCCGAACAGCACACCUACAUGGUGAUGGAGCAUGCUUCUCGGGGAGAUCUGGUGAGCCAUAUUGAGAAAGUGGGCUGUCUGCAGGAGGAGCAGGCCCAGCACAUCUUCACUCAGAUUGUGUGUGCAGUUCACUACUGCCAUAAGAAUGGCAUUGCACACAGGGACAUCAAACUAGAUAACAUCCUGCUGGAUGGCAAAGGAAACAUCAAACUGUGUGACUUUGGCCUGGCCAUCAGAGUCACCUCUGGGCAGAGGUCCAAGGGAUUGUGUGGCACCCUUGAAUAUUGUGCUCCAGAACUAUUCACUGACACAGAGUAUGACGCAAGGGCGGUGGACAUCUGGAGCAUGGGAGUGGUUUUAUAUACGAUGGUGACAGCGUGCUUCCCAUUCAAAGCAAGGACCUAUUCAGACAUGAAGGAGGAGAUGCUGAAUCCCCGGUACUACAUUCCUUCCACACUUUCUCAAAACAUUGUAAACCUCAUUGUGCAGUUACUCACUGUGAUGCCUGAGCAGAGACCCAAGAUAAGUGACAUUAGGCAGCACCAGUGGUUCAAGGACAGAGAAGAAUUUUGGAAAAUCCCACUAUCCUCAGAGACAUACAAUACCAUCCCAAACCCCAGCCUUGUGGUGGCUAUGUGGGGCAUGGGCUACGAUCCCAAGGAUAUUAGUAAUUGUAUACGUGAGAAAAAAUUCAAUAACAUCAUGGCCACGUACCUAAUUUUAAAACACAAGUCAGCCCAGGACCACACUAACUAUGCUGUGAAGCCUAUGCAGGCCUGUGUUGCCAUGUCACCAGUAGAUGCUCUCACUUCCCUUCUUCCUCAGAGGAGACUGAGGAGUGAGCCUUCCCUUCACACCUUUGCCUUGCUGGAUGAACACCUGAUGCAGGAUGAGAAGAGAUCAUGGAAGAAGGGGAGCAGACGCCUGAGCAUGCCUACCAUCCUGGGCUUCCAGCAGAAGGGGGAUAACCCUCCCCACCCAGUCCCCAAGGAUUCUCCUGAGGUUACUCACCUCAUGAACACUUUAACAGUAGAUAGCUUGAAUUGCAAGGGACUGUUCUCAAGAUGCCCAUUCUCUGAGGGCAUUUCUUCUGCACAGUACUUGUCCUGGGAGGCACCCCAGGAAAUGAACACCCUAAAGAAUUGCUCAUACACUCAGAGGAAACCAUCUGUAAAGAAGUACAGGGAGGCACCUCAGGGUGUGACCACCACUGCCACCCAUGGAACCCAGAGGUCUUCCCUUCAGGCAACAUUCAAAAACAACUUUGAAGCUGUCCCUCCUGAAGGUAAAACUGCACCUUCUGCCAGCAUUCUAUCUCAAGGCUGGAAAAGGGUUAAGAAGAGAAUUGGGAACUGGGUGAGACUCCUGUGCUGCUGCCUUUCUAAGAAGAAAGUGGUACCACUGGAAGUGGAGAGCAGUGCAGGUACACACAUGCAGUGA